CUCGUAACUUUCUGGAUUCUUGGAUUUUUUUUUUUUUUUUUUUUUUUUGCCUUUUCUUAACUUUCACUAAGGAUUACAUUACUGUAGUCUGAUGUGUCUUCCCCAAGGCUAUGAAAUUUGACAAGCUGCACUUUUUCUUACGCCAAUGGUUUCUACUUUAAGCCAAAGGACUGCUUAUAAUUUCACUAAGAAUGUCUUCUAAUUCGGAUACUGGAGGUUUACAAGAAUCUCUAAAGCCCGGACUUACACCUAUUGGUGCUGGGCUUCCGGACCGACUCGGACCCCCUACCCCCGCCCGCGGCCGCCUUGUCAUGCUGCCCAAAGUGGAGACGGAAGCCCUGGGACUGGCUCGGUCGCAUGGGGAACAGGGGCAGAUGCCGGAAAACAUGCAAGUGUCUCAGUUUAAAAUGGUGAAUUACUCCUAUGAUGAAGAUCUCGAAGAGCUCUGUCCUGUGUGUGGAGAUAAAGUGUCUGGGUACCACUAUGGGCUCCUCACCUGUGAAAGCUGCAAGGGCUUUUUUAAGCGAACAGUCCAAAAUAAUAAAAGGUACACAUGUAUAGAAAACCAGAACUGCCAGAUUGACAAAACACAGAGAAAGCGUUGUCCUUACUGUCGAUUUCAAAAAUGUCUUAGUGUUGGAAUGAAGCUAGAAGCGGUAAGGGCCGACCGCAUGCGUGGAGGAAGGAAUAAAUUUGGGCCCAUGUACAAGAGGGACCGGGCUCUGAAGCAGCAGAAAAAGGCCCUCAUCCGAGCCAAUGGACUUAAGCUGGAAGCCAUGUCUCAGGUGAUCCAAGCCAUGCCCUCCGAGCUGAGCCUCUCCUCCGCCAUUCAGAGCAUCCAUUCCGCCUCCAAAGGCCUACCUCUGAACCACGCUGCCUUGCCUCCUACAGACUAUGAUCGCAGCCCCUUUGUCACGUCCCCCAUCAGCAUGACGAUGCCACCCCACGGCAGCCUGCAGGGUUACCAGACCUACGGCCACUUUCCCAGCCGGGCCAUCAAGUCUGAGUACCCAGAACCCUACACCAGCUCGCCCGAGUCCAUCAUGGGCUAUUCCUACAUGGACACGUACCAGACCAGCUCCCCGGCCAGCAUCCCCCACCUGAUCCUGGAACUGCUCAAGUGCGAGCCGGAUGAGCCGCAGGUCCAGGCCAAGAUCAUGGCCUACCUGCAGCAGGAGCAGGCCAGCCGCAGCAAGCACGAGAGGCUCACCACGUUUGGGCUCAUGUGCAAGAUGGCAGACCAGACCCUGUUCUCCAUCGUCGAGUGGGCCCGGAGUAGCGUCUUCUUCCGAGAGCUCAAGGUCGAUGACCAGAUGAAGCUGCUUCAGAACUGCUGGAGUGAGCUCUUAAUUCUCGACCACAUUUACCGACAAGUGGUACAUGGAAAGGAAGGGUCCAUCUUCCUGGUUACUGGGCAACAAGUGGACUAUUCCAUCAUAGCAUCGCAAGCGGGGACCACACUCAACAACCUCAUGAGUCACGCGCAGGAGUUGGUGGCAAAGCUUCGUUCUCUGCAGUUUGAUCAACGAGAGUUUGUGUGUCUGAAAUUCUUGGUGCUCUUCAGUUUAGAUGUCAAAAACCUUGAGAACUUCCAGCUGGUCGAAGGCGUCCAGGAGCAAGUCAAUGCUGCCCUGCUGGAUUACACCAUGUGCAACUACCCGCAGCAGACGGAGAAAUUCGGGCAGCUGCUGCUUCGACUACCUGAAAUCCGGGCCAUCAGCAUGCAGGCGGAGGAAUACCUGUACUAUAAGCACCUGAACGGGGAUGUGCCCUACAACAAUCUCCUGAUUGAAAUGUUGCAUGCCAAAAGAGCUUAGUCACAGCGCUUAGGAGCUCGGCUUCCAAACCAGAAAGGGAUUGGUGGUGAGGGAGGCGGGGAGGAAGAACAGGAAGAAAGGAGAAAAAAAAUCCCCCCCCCCAAAAAAAAAAAAUUCUGAACGGCUCUAAGCAACACUAAUGAGAAACUUGGUUGAAAAGCUAUUGAAUUUUCAAAGGCAUAAUCAUCAACUACGUACUAGCAAAGGAAUGAUGUAUCAGGGUAUUUGUAUUGCAAACUGUGAAUCAAAUGGCUUCACAUUCCCCAAAGGAUUCUGUAGAAAAGACAUUAUGGUGGAGUGGACGGAACUCGCAGGUGGACACCAACGUGGCGCCAGAACAAAGACCGCCGGCACAGUUCUUGUAAAGGUAAACUGAUCUCCGCUGUGCAGAAAUCUAGGAACUGACCCGUGUUAUUCAUUAGGCGUACGCAGAGGGGGUCUGAGCUUCUGGAAUCCCUCGUGGUAAAGCUGAACGGAAACAGUUCCCGAGAGUCCGUCAGCUCCACCUCGAUCAGCCCUCCCCUCUUCCUUGCCAGGACCCAGCAUCUUCUGCCCUGUGGUCCUGGGAUCUGUACUAAGGGUUUGUGCUCAGCCACACCCACUAGUAGCGCCACCAAAUCAUGAAGACCUAAUUUUGAAUGUCUGUGUCUUAGACCUGCAAACCGCUAAUAAGAACUGUCUAUUACUAUGUUAGCUUGCCAUUUUAAAUGUGUUCUGGUUUGUUUUGUCACGUGUUCAUGAUAUUUAAAGAAACAAACAAACAAAAACAACGAAAAAGCAGGCCGUAUCCCUCUUCUGAUCUUAGAGAAGCAGUCAUUAAUAUUAAGGGCAGCGACUACAAACUUAUAAAGCUUUCGCUUUAGCAGUGUUGAAUUUCCCAAAAACUUGCAGCCGAAAGGCUCGUGAGGUUCCAUCCGUCUUUUUGACCAUCAAGGUUUGUAGUUGAUUGAAGAAUGCAAGGUGAACCGUAUUUUUGCUGGGGUGUCAAACCGUCACAGUUCCGAGUCGUUUCAAAUCACACUGACGCAUGUUGAGCUAUGCAAAAUUAAAGACGGGGGGGCGAACAGAUAACAUGGAUGGACUUUGGGGGCCAUUGAGUAUCCCCUGAACGGAGUGUGGACACGGAGAUCUUUACCCAUGGCCUGGAAAGAUAGCAAAGUGAUUCCCCUCUUCCCCGGAAGGGGAGGGAACAGAGUGAUGCUGAGCUUUCGGAGUCAUAGACCAAAGUCUGCUGUAGAACAAAGCGCGGAGGAGGACAGAGAAUCGCAAAACAGACUCCCCAGACCACACUGUCAGUAUUAUUCACAGGCAAUGCCGGACGUAUGGAAGUCUUGCCUUAUUUCACAACUCUCGAAGGUAGCCGUGCAGCUGUGGAUCAUCACUGAUCUCCAAUAAAGUGUUCCUACUUUAACGUCGAAGCAAAUAGCGUGUUUACAUUCUUGAGGUCCUCCGGGGGGAGGGGGGAGCUGUGAUAAAACGAAAUCGCGAAGGCAGUAAUUUCCUUAACGUUAUUUUUCUGAUUGGUAAUUAUUUUUGACACUACUUAAUUAUGGUAUGUCGUGAGACACUAAAAUCAAAAGCGGGAAUCUCAUCUAGACGUUAAUUUUGUUGAGAUUAUCGGCGGCACAAUCACGUGUAGAAACUGUAAAAAAAAAAAAAAAAGAUAAAAUAAAAGUAUCUCCUAGUCCCUUAAUUUUUUUCAUAAAUGUUUCUGGCUUUUGAAUAGUUUAUUUAUAUUGUAUAUCAUAGUUUCAACUGUAGACAAUUAUGAUGCUAAUUUAUUGUUCCUUGGUUUCGCCUUUGUAUAAGAUAUAGCCAAAACUGAAGAAACCAAAUAUGUGUUUAUUGUAGCAUGUCUUUCAAGUUAGUGGCAUAUAGUCAGGGACAGAGAAGGGUCUUAAUGAAUUAAAAUCACUCACUUGAUUAAAUGUCUGUAAAUCUUCAUGAUUCUUACUGUAGUUUUAUUUAAUAUCUAUUGUAAAUUAUGUGACUUGUAGCUUUCUCUGUUUUUAAGUAAAUUUCAGCAAGGGUGGGGGUCUUACCUGGUUUUUCUUUCCAAGCAUCGUAAGUUGUAUACCAAAGAUAUUAGGUAUUGCUUCUGUGUGUACAAAGAGGCUUAUUUUAUUAUUUGUGUAAAACACCUCUAAUACACGUCCACGGGAAGGGUAACCCGUGGGCAAAGCCGGGUGUCCACGGCUCCUCACACAGAGCUGGCUCGCCCGUGUAGCUCCACAGCUCACAGCUCGGAGGAGGUGGAAAGUAGCUGGUCAGAGUCCCCAUCCAAGUACAUAGAACGGUAGCAUCUUUGAUCUCCCCAGUGAAGAACCAAGUUGGAGAGGAGUCGAGCCAAUAGUUAAAGAAAUGGAUCCAUCCCGUGUGUGGAAUGGGGGUAGAGAAAAUUUCUAGAUUUGGGGAAUAGUUAUAAGGAGGGUCAAAAAAUUUUUUUAAAAAGUACAUUGAUUCCCAAAGUUCCUGUUUUCUUAUUUUAAAUAUGCUGUCAUCCCCACUGAAUAUUACACCUAAAAAGGUCACAUAUUGGUAAGUGGUUAACCUAGUAAAUUACACCAUGAGAAGCGUUAGAAAGAUAUGCAAUACAGAGCCUCAGCCACACUGCUGGUGACACUAAAGACAGAAGCUGAUACACAAAAAUGCCAUUGGAGUUCUCUUGUGGUGCAAGGGGUUAAGGAGCCAGUGCUGUCACCGCUAUGGCAUGAGUUCAAUCCCUAGUCCAGGAACUUCCACAGGCCACAGUCUCUGCCAAAAAAAAAAAAAAAAAAAAGACUGCUGCUCGGCAUCCGUGGCCCAUGCAAAGCUUGCUAGUGAUUUUCUCUCCGUACUCGUAGUUAACCAUUUGCAGCCCAGCAUUUACUUAGCAAAUGCCUUAGCAACGGCAGGAUUUAUUAGCACAAGCAGGCUCCACUAAGAAGGCUGUUGGCUUGGCCUGGUUGAGUUGAGUUGGUCCAUGUUGAGAAACAGACAAUCUGUCAUGUCUGAGUUUUUGUAUUACAGAUCUUCAGCCGCUCCCUUAGAUCUGAAUCCGUGCGGUGUUUAGAGUGUGAAGUCGGUUCCUCCUUGACGUUCCUUCCUGUGUUGGUGAAAUACACAUUGUCAUGUCGGUUCUUGCCAGGAAUUUCUCCACAAAAUGGAAUUUUUGUUCAGUAUGUCAAUAAAUAUCGAUAUGCCCA